AUCCGUCUCCGCGUGUAAAAACUUUCUUCAGAUUUUUCUCGAUAAACCCCUAGCACUUUCUUCACUACUCCAAAUCCGAGAUUCACGCAUGGAUCUUCUCCGAGGUUACAAAGACGACGACGAAUUAGGCGAACAUGACCGUCAAAACCCUAAUUCUUCACCGGAUUCAUCUCCUCCACGCCUCCUUCCCGCCAAAUCCACCGCCCCGAAGGUCGACGAUACUAUGUUAGCCCUGACGGUGGCGCAAGCCAACAAAACCCUAUCUAAGCCUAUUGAUCCCGUCAACCACGCCGUCGCCUUUAACCCUACCUAUGACCAGCUCUGGGCUCCCAUCUACGGCCCUGCCCAUCCUUUCGCCAAGGACGGUAUCGCCCAGGGAAUGCGAAAUCACAAGCUUGGCUUCGUGGAGGACGCCGCCAUCGAUUCGUUUGUCUUCGACGAGCAGUAUAAUACAUUCCACAAAUAUGGGUACGCUGCUGAUCCCUCGGCUUCUGAAGGUAACAAUUACAUUGGUGAUUUGGAUGCUUUGAAAAAGAAUGAUGGCAUUUCGGUUUACAAUAUACCACAGCACGAGCAAAAGAGACGAAAAUUUGAGAAAAAGAAGGAAACCGAGGAAGGUGAGGAUGAGGAUGUGGGUCCGGUUGUUGAUAAGGCGGAGAUUGAAAAUCCGGCGACCGAUGCUUGGUUGAUGAAGAAUAGGAAAAGCCCGUGGGCUGGCAAAAAGGAGGGUUUGCAAACAGAGUUGACGGAAGAACAGAAGAAAUACGCAGAGGAGUAUGCAAAGAAGAAAGAAGAGAAAGGAGCUGGAGCUGAUAGAGGAGAGGUUGUUGCUGAUAAGAGUACUUUUCAUGGCAAGGAAGAGAGGGAUUAUCAAGGGAGAUCCUGGAUUGCGCCACCUAAGGACGCUAAAGCAACUAACGAUCAUUGUUAUAUACCAAAGAGACUUGUGCACACAUGGAGUGGACAUACGAAGGGAGUUUCUGCAAUAAGGUUUUUCCCCAAACAUGGGCAUUUGAUUCUUUCUGCAGGGAUGGAUACCAAGGUGAAGAUAUGGGAUGUGUUCAAUUCGGGUAAGUGUAUGAGAACUUACAUGGGUCAUUCAAAGGCUGUUAGGGAUAUUUCAUUUUGUAAUGAUGGUACUAAGUUUUUGACUGCUGGGUAUGAUAAGAAUAUCAAAUAUUGGGAUACAGAGACUGGCCAGGUUAUAUCAACUUUUUCAACUGGGAAGAUCCCUUAUGUUGUUAAGCUUAACCCUGAUGAUGAUAAGCAGAAUAUAUUGUUAGCGGGUAUGAGUGAUAAGAAAAUUGUGCAGUGGGAUAUGAACACUGGGCAGAUUACUCAGGAGUAUGAUCAACAUUUGGGGGCCGUAAAUACCAUUACUUUUGUGGAUAAUAACAGGAGAUUUGUUACCUCAAGUGAUGAUAAAUCACUUCGUGUAUGGGAAUUUGGGAUUCCUGUUGUUAUCAAGUAUAUUAGUGAACCUCACAUGCAUUCUAUGCCAUCAAUCGCGGUUCAUCCCAACACAAAUUGGUUUGCAGCACAGAGCUUGGAUAACCAGAUUCUUAUAUACAGUACCAGGGAAAGGUUUCAGUUGAAUAAGAAAAAGAGGUUUGCUGGGCAUAUUGUGGCAGGUUAUGCUUGCCAAGUAAAUUUCUCACCAGAUGGACGGUUUGUUAUGUCAGGAGAUGGUGAGGGUAAAUGCUGGUUUUGGGACUGGAAGAGUUGUAAGGUUUUCAGGACACUUAAGUGUCAUGAGGGUGUGUGCAUUGGGUGCGAGUGGCAUCCAUUGGAGCAAAGCAAAGUGGCAACCUGCGGCUGGGAUGGCUUGAUUAAGUACUGGGAAAAUUUAAAUGCAGUACACAAGGUUUUCGCCUUCACCGUAGCAAGUUUAAUUGGCCUCAUUCAAAUCAAGCCUUUAGUUGAUACAGACAAACACUUUGUAUUCACAAUCUUUCUUGUUGGUCUGUUCACGUAUGGGUUUGGAACUAUCUUUCAAGCUUGGAGCUCCUUCAAUUCAAUUGUUAGCAAAGUUGGCCUGUUUGCUGUUGGAUCGGCCAUAGUUGCACUUGUCUUUCUCCUUGUCCCAAUUUUUGGUUGGAUUAUUUUAAUCUUAUGGGCCUCCUUAUGCGCAAAAGUAAUAAAUGAUUCGCUUGAAGAGAUUUACCAUUUAAUUAGCAGGCUACGAGAGAGAUUUAACAACAUAAUUGAAAUCAUAAGACGUCGUGUUACAGAAGAGCACAAUAUUUUACCUGUGUGAUUCUUUUUUGAGAUAAUGUAGCUCUUUAGCUACAUAUCGAUUGUAAAUGUGCUAUUUUGUAUAGUUACCAUUAAAAUAAAAAUAUUAUUUAAUUUCAGUGUUA